AUGGCACAGCUUUGCUCAUCAUCAGCGCACCCACAACCCACUUCCACAUCGGAAAUAGGUUCCCAAGAGCAUCAAGACGGAUCCCGACUAUGUCGAAUUUGCCGCAAAAUCGAUUUCAACCGAUACCUGGGAGAAGAAAUCGGGGAUUCCAUUCAUCUCGGUUCUUGGGACAGCAUCCGUCAAAGCCGAGACUGCCCCUUCUGCAGACUAGUCGUCCACUCGCUGGAAUCUGAUCCCCGCUUGACUCCCUCGACAGAGGUUCUACUCCAGAACGAGCUGAGCUGGAAGCUUGGGAUCGAAUUGUCGCCCUACGACCGCAGCAGAUCCGAAUCGUACUCCAACAAAUAUGACCUGAGAUCCAAAGCAAAGUAUUGCUCUCAAGACGCCUAUCGGUUCACCCUCUUUUGCGAAGAAGAAGAAUUCUUGUCACGUAGCCGAUCGCGCAGCCGAUCUGUGGCCCACGACAUCCUCACGCCGCAGACAGUUCCCAACCGAAGAUCUGGAGCUCGAGUACCUUCUAGCACGAUAUUUACACACUCUGCGGCAGGAGAUGCGUAUACUCCCCAGGACGGUCCUCGCAAACCGAUGGGUAUCAUUCAAUAUCUGGCCCACAAAGAAAAGCACGCAGAGAACCGCCAGUUCUUCGGUCGGAAAAUUUCACCCGACGAGGUAGACAUAGGCCUUUUGAGGUCAUGGAUGGAUCGGUGUUCGACGUAUCACAAUGGCGAAUGCGACAGAGAUGUGCGGACGGUCGACAGUCUCCCAUUGAACCUGCGCCUAAUUGAUGUUAGGCGUAGAUGCGUUAUCAAGGUCGCAGAGGGCGAGGUUCCGGAAUACGUGGCGUUAAGCUAUAUGUGGGGAAGCCAGAAGAUGAAGGAAGAGACGGGUAUGGAUCCAGCUAUGCUACUACAAAAGGACAUCAGGUGUGGCCCGAGGGGAGAAAUGACUCCACUGCAAACUAAAUUGCCGAAAACAAUCGAAGACGCAAUGACGCUUACUCGGUUGCUUGGAUAUCGCUACCUUUGGAAUGACGCGCUAUGUAUCGUUCAAGACGCUACCCUUGAACAAAAGGUCCCCGACCUUACCAACAUGAAGCUCAUCUAUAGCUGCGCGAGCCUCACCAUCGCGGCCGCCGCAGGUACGCAUGCAGACUACGGUAUUCCCGGCAUUGGCGUGCCCCGGAGAAUCCACCAGAACUCGGAAGUAGUGAGAGACCUUCGAUUGGCGACCAUGUUUCCUUCGUACACAGCUCUCGAGAAUUCGUCGGAACUGCUUUGGAAUACGCGUGGCUGGACAUUUCAAGAAAAGCUGUUGUCAAGAAGGAUUAUUCUCUUCACGGAUUAUCAGGUCUAUUUCAAGUGCUCCGAGUCAAUAUGGACGGAGGAGGUUGUACUAGAGAAUGGCUGCCUCUCCACGAGCGUCGAAGCUCGAAGGGCAAAAUAUCGGUGGCAGCCCAAUCGCAGACGUCAUGUUCCCGACGCACGUGCUAUGGAGAUGAAAAUCUAUAACGGUCGGCUCAAGAUCGAGGACGACUGGAAUUACCUGGGAGGUUUCUUGGACUACGCGGCGGCCGUUCAAGAAUACUCCAAAAGAAAGCUGACCGAUCCCAAGGACACUCUUUUCGCGAUCAGUGGCAUCUUGGAAACUAUGGAAGAAGUGACUGGGGGAUUCAUCUUGGGUUUGCCCCGGAAACAUUUCCUUGAAUCUCUUCUAUGGUAUCCGGACAUCGGCUGCGUGCAGACCUACAACCACACACUCAAGUUACCCUCUUGGACCUGGGCCAGCUCCGACUUUUCCCGAGGCGGGGUCUCUUUUGACCUAAUGGAUGUGCGUCAACUCCGAAGUCUCCUCACCAUCUCAAUGCGAGCCUUCCGUGAUGAUUCGAAGAAUGGGUCCCCAGCCAGUCAAUACUCGAAUCCGCCGAAAUGGGUGACCAGGUUAAGCACAUUUGAUUGGAAGGCACUGUCUUUAUGGGGUACGUAUGGUAAUUUGGUAGCAUGUCUGUCUUGGCCGUUGCUCCAGAAAGACCACACGAUUAGGCGGAUGUUCUACUCGGACGGCUCGAGCAUGGCGCGAAUUCAUUUCGACCUCCCAAUUAGUGCUCUAAACCUCCCGGGUCCCCACCAGAGUCGCUUCAUACCGGAACUGAUACAGCUAGCGGAGAGAUAUGCCAAGUCCGGUAAUGAGAGUUGGAGGCCCUCCGUUGAGCGUAUCCCUGGAGACAGCCACACCUUAGCAUUCGAAACCGUGGUUGUCAGAUUCUACAUUGGGAAGAGUAUCUCACCAAGGACACACCAGAGUGAUGAUGUAGGCAUCUUUGAGCUGACGAACUCGCGCGGCGAAAAUGUGGACGACAAGAAGGUGACGACUUUCUUACCAUAUCUUGGGGUUUGUCGCUCCAAAAGGCAGAGGUCCAUCCCCGCUGGCUUCCGCGAUGGAAGUUAG